GUACCAUAAAAAAGAGUCCAAUAAGAGUUUCAGUUAUGGCCAUCCUUUCGGAUUACCAAGAAGAUCAACCCCAUGAUCAACACUACUCUUCUAAUUCGUUCUCUUUCAAUGCGGUUCUCGAUCCAUCAAACCCUCUAGGGUUCUUAGAAUCUGCUUUCAACUUUGUAUCUCAGAAGUCCGAUUUGUUCAAGAACGAUUCUGCUGAGAAAGAAAUCAUGUCGUCGGUUCGUUCGAUCAAGGAAAAGAUUAAGGCGCAAGAGGCUGAUCAGAAGAAGCGUUUGAAACUAGCCGAGGCUUCUGCAAAGAUGGCGACUGAUCAGAAAGAACAAGAACAAAAGGAGAAGGAGAAGGAGAAGGAGAAGAAGCUUGUUCCAAAUAAUGGCAACGGCCUCGACAUGGAGAAUUAUUCAUGGGGUCAGUCCCUACAAGAGGUCACCAUUAAUGUACCAGUUCCUCAUGGAACGAAAUCCAGCCUUGUUUUGUGCGAAAUAAAGAAUAAUUCUUUGAAGAUUGGGCUUAAAGGUCAACCUCCAAUCAUCGAUGGAGAGCUGUACAAGCCGGUGAAGGCUGACGAUUGCUUCUGGAGUUUGGAGGAUCAGAAGUCGAUAUCUGUUCUUAUGAGCAAGAGAGAUCAGAUUGACUGGUGGAAGUCUUUGUUGAAGAGUGGUCCGGAGAUCGAUACACAGAAAGUCGAACCAGAGCCGAGCAGGUUAUCUGAGUUGGACUCCGAAACUCGUUCUGCUGUCGAGAAGAUGAUGUUUGAUCAGAGGCAGAAGCAGUUGGGUGGUCCAUCGAGCGAUGAGAUUCAAAAGCAAGAGUUGCUAAAGCAAUUCAUGGCUCAGAAUCCAAACAUGAACUUCUCGGGAACGAAAUUUAGAUAAUCUUUCAUCUAUAGUACUUGUCCAUGCAUGCACGAUUAAUGAUAAAUUCGUGUCAUCGUGAAGAUCGAUCAUUUUGCUCCUUUUCUUUUUUCUUCUUCUUCUUCUUCUUCUUCUUCUUCUUCUUCUUCUUCUUCUUCUUCUUCUUUUUUUUUUUUUUUUUGUAGUUUGAUUUUUGUAUGAUUUUUCGUUGGAUGAAACUUCUAAUUCACAAUAAAGAAAUUAAGAAGCUAGCUUUCAAUUCUGCAUGAAAUCUUUAGCUCCCCAACACAAAUGGGUUUAGUUUAAUUGAUCUUCAAUGGUACAUGACCUCAAUCUUCUCAAUCGUUGUAAUUAUUAAAGUU